AUGGUUGAUAUACACCCAGACGUGGACGCGUUCGAGACAAUUCCAGACGAAUUAUUCGUCCGUUUUAUCCAAGUUGCCGCAGGAGCAAUUUUCGCCUACGACGUUCUUCUCAAUUUAGAUGUCGAAAUCGAUUACGUAUGGGCAGCCCUCAAUCCUCGAAAACGGCCGAUGAAAAGAGCGACCGUGUUGAACUUGAUAUACCUUGUACAAAGGUAUCUACCGUUGUGGGAUCGGAUUAUCCUGGACACGUACUAUAUUCUGGGCCCGUCCGACACAGAAUCAUGUGCGACUAUUUAUAAGAUGAGUGCAUGGAGUACGAUUAUAGGGAUCCACCUUUCGGAAUACAUCCUUGCAAUGCGCAUAUGGGCUGUUUGGCUGAAUAUACCUUCCGUUCUGGUUGUGUUGGUCGCAUUGGCGCUGCCAUGUUCGAUUCCUUCGCUAGUCUUCUUUGUGAAAUUCGUAGGAGGAAUUCAAUGCCCUGAAUUCCAUAUGCCCGGGACGUUACAAUUUCGCGGAUGUUUUUGUUCAACGGAGAACAAGGACCUCUACAAGAGUUGGAUCAUGUUAAUGGUCUUUGAUACCGUUGGUUUCAUCCUGAUGGCUAUACCUGGGUUUACAGCCUAUCGGGGAGGUGGUAGAUCAAAUCUCGUGAAGGUCGUUUACCGGGAUGGGGUCAUGUACUACGCGGCACUCUUCACGGCAUCGUUGAUCAAUGUUGUAUUCAUUCUCCAACUCCCGGUGACUCGCGUUAGUUAAAAGAGUUAUACUGUCCAUCUAAUUCCUCUGCUCCUGGUUUCGUGCUCAACAGUCCAGUUUCGUAAUCAUAGUCUCUCCCCUUGAACGGGUCCUCCACUCCGUUAUCGCCAGUCAUGUAGUUCUUCAUAUACGAAGAGUAGCUUCUCAGGGCUAUAUCGAGAAUGGGGACGCGUUGAACGGGGCGACGACGGAAGAGUCCAUCACCGAGGACACCGAGAUCUGGUUCACUUCAAACGUGUUGCCGUCUCACACCGACCAGGGAACAGAAGGUGACCUUGAUGGCAACGCCAGUCAUCGAUAAACUGGUUAUUCCUUUCUUAUUCCGAUGAGUUUUCCUCCUCUACCAUCAGAUAUUCGAGUCAUGACUUUUGCUAUACCAUUCUUGGGACACUUUUACUCCUAGUUCUGAUCUUCGGUUCACUGCCCGUCUUUUCAAUUCUCCCGUUGUCCCGUUGUCCCGUUGCCAUCAGUUUCGUCAAACUGAGGAUUAGUCUUGAUUGCAUUGAAUUGUUACUCCGUAUGGACUCGUGCUUCUGCACACCGAACUCUCACUGUCUCGUUUUUUGCUUCUCCCGUGAGACCGCAGUGCAGGCAUCGCUAUCUUGCUC